AUGGCACCGCAAGCUGAAACGGGAACGACCGUGGUGGAGGGCAACGUGGCCGCCACAGCCGUGACUUCCGCCGCCGUUGGUGGCCCGGGGAUGGCCGGCGCCACCACGCCCGCCCUGCCCGGUCCCACGCCCGCCCAGUCCGGUAUCAAUCAGCUGUCCUGCGAAGAGAGCAUGUACGAGGAGACGGGCAGCCGGUUGGCGGAACCGGACCACCAUAUGAUCACCGACGACCGUGUCAUCCGGAACCUGCUGUUACUGCAGCGGCUCACGAUACCGGAGUGCAACUACUUCCAGGAAAAGCAGCAGGACGUGAAGCCCCACAUGCGCAAGAUCGUCACCACGUGGAUGCUGGAGGUUUGCGAUGAGCAAAAGUGCGAAGAGCAGACCUUUCCGCUGGCCGUGAAUUUCUUCGACCGCUUCCUGUGCGUCCUGCGGAUCAAUCGCUACCACCUGCAGCUGCUCGGAUGUUGCGCCCUGCUGCUGGCAUCGAAAAUUCGCCAGUGUCAGCCAUUAACGGUCGAUGUGCUGAGUGCCUACACCGACCAUGCGGUUUCACCGGAUCAGAUAAGGAGCUGGGAGUUGCUGUUGAUCAGCAAACUCGAGUGGAACAUCAACGCCGUGACGGCCUACGACUACGUCGAUCACAUCCUGGAGCGUGUGAAGUGGGGCUCGGACGACUCCCGGCUGCGCGAGCACGCGCACACGCUCAUCCACGUCUGCAAUACGGAGCACAUCUUCAUACAAGUGGAACCUUCCCUGCUCGCCGUGGCCUGUAUCGCGUCGGCCACCCGCGGCCUGAACGUGUCGACGAAGCUCGAAGUCGGCCGCGACCUCUGCCGACUAACGACGCACGAUCUCGCCGAUAUCGAUGUCAUCGUCAAAGUCAUCGAGGAGAUUGUGGCCCGCGAAAUUGCCGACAAGCAGUGCCAACAGCAACAGCAACAGGCGGCCGCCCAGCAGCAGCAGCUUGCCGCCGGGAGCAGCAGUUGCAAGGAGCAGUAUCAGCAGGCCCCACAAAAGCUGUCCUCGGCGAGCGCCAACACCGCCCCUCAGCAGCAGCAACCGGAAACGCCGACCGAUGUACAGUUCAUCUUCUUCUAG